UAACAAAGGAUAGACAGUCUUAAAAAAAUUUAUAUGAACUAGUUUUAGAAUUAAUUUGUGCUUGUUAAAUAUGACGACCCAAGGAAUUAAUUAAUUGAUUGAUAAGAGCUACACUGUUGUGUAGAUUCUUUGUUGUUUUAAUUUUAUCAUUAUUAUGAUUAUUUGUGAGCUGAAAUAGCCUCUCCCACAAACCCCAAAAUUUCUAUUUAACCUGACAAUGGACAUUGACAAAUCUCCAGCAUACUCUAUACUCUCCUCUCAAUUCUCAUCACAUGGACCAUUUUUUUGAAACCUCUGAAAAUUCCCCAUACUUUCUUCUUAAUUUCUUCUUUACUUCAUAGCUAUCUAUACUCUCUUCUUCAACCCCAACCCCAACCCUAACCCUAGCCCUUUACCUAGAAGCUCAUCAUCAUUCAGUAUUUUGACAAUAUAUGUAUUAGGCUAGCCAGUACCUCAACCAAAAAUCAGAAGUUCAUCAUCAAAGCUUUUGACUAAUAGCAGUUUGAAUUCUAUUAAUUAUGGUAGAUUUCUUCCCUUGUUAGCUAGCCAGAAGAUGCAGUACUCUUCCAGCAGUAAUAAUAAGGGAAUCUCAUAUUGUCCUCACUUUUCGCCAUGUUUGAACCAGAGCCCUUCUUUUAGCCCCAAUGAUGACAACCAAGCUUUACUUUACCCUGAAGAUCUGCUCUCUUACAACUAUUACCUUAAUGUUGGCCCCAUUAUUGAAACUGCAGCCAACAAAAAAAUGGCUACAGUUUCAACAAGAAAGAAGAAAAACACUCCAUCUUCUACAAAGAAAAUGGACCGUCACAGCAAGAUUUUUACAGCUCAAGGCCCUAGGGACAGGAGGGUAAGGCUGUCCAUAGGAGUUUCGAGGAAGUUCUUUGGGCUUCAAGACUUGCUAGGUUUUGAUAAAGCAAGUUUGACUCUGGAAUGGCUGUUGACCAAGUCAAAGACAGCCAUAAUAGAACUCCUAAAGUCGAAGCAGGUUGAUGAUGAUGCGGAUAUUGCUAGGUGCUUAACUUCUGUGUCAGAAAUAGAUGGAGAAAUAUUUGUCAACAAUGAAGAAGGAGGAGCUGAUAAUAUUAAUGAUAAUGAAUGUUCUGAAAAGACACCGGCUAUUUCCAAGAGAUCAAAAAAAAUCAGAUCAUCAGGUGGAAGAAAAAAACAAACCAAAUUUAUUAUGAGUGAAUUGGAUAGAGUUGCGAAAAAUUCAAGGGCAAAGGCAAGAGAAAGAGCUAAGCAAAGAACAAAAGAGAAGAAUUCUCAAAGAUUAGACUUCUUCAAUCCUCCUCCUCCUCCUCCUUCACAUAGUCAAAUCCCAAGGUGGCGCCAUGGAUCUUGCAAUUCGUCGAAUUCGAGUACUACGAAUACUGGUAAUACUAGUACUAAUCCCGUGGGAGUUGGAGGAUUCUUGUGUGUAAAUCCAAGGAUAAGAGCUGAAGUAACUGCCACCGUUGAGGAAUUGUUUAUGGAACAAUGCGGAAGCAUGGACAGGCAUAUUUUAAAGCCAGUUUCUUCAUCAUCCAACUUUGCUUCUAUUAAUCACAACGAAGCUGUUCAUUCAGAUCUCAACAUUUGGCCUUCUUCUACCACAAAUGAUAAUGAGCUUUAGUUUCUUCCCUACAGCUUUUUAUUAAAGAUAAAGUGAUUCAAAAUUCUGCAGGAAGCUAUAUUAGCUCUCUAGAUUGGGAGAAGACCAAAAAAGGGUUAUUUGCUGGUCAACGAAUAACUGAUGUGAGAAGUUCUUUUUCUCUUUCAUUGAUUUGAUGAUUUGGAGUUAUGUGCAUAUAAUUUCUAAUACCAGGGGUGAAUGUUAGAAUUCCUUCAAGAUCUACAUCAUAUUGAUUAGAUCCUGAGUAAUUUUUAUUGGAAAGAAAUAAAUUAAUGUACUUAAUGUUAUAUAUGAAGUUCUUUCCUUGCCUCUCUAAUUACAGAAUUCUUCUCCAUCGUUCUGUCUCCAUAUAUAUAUAUAUAUAUAUGUGUGUGUGUGUGUGUGUCUCCAUAUUCAUUUGCAGGAUAUGGUUGAAAAAUGACAAAUUAGAAAUCCAAUACACUGCAGUGGAGAUUUUAAAUUGAUUAGUAGAUCCACUGGCUGAGUAUAUCUCUUGUUAAUUAUCAAUGAAUGGGUUGAAAAACAAUUUGAGUUUUACCUAACUAUUCCAUCUACACUGUCCUUCUAUCCUUUUUUCUUUUCUUUUUUUUUUUCCAUUUUCUAGUUGACAUUUUAAAUACUCGUUUGUCUCAAAAUGAUUGUCCAAUAUGGAUUUUCAUUUUUAAUUUAAUUUGUACUAAAAAAUAAAAAUCCAAAUUAGACAAUCAUUUUAGGACUAAAAGAGUUAUUAAUUAGUCAUUUGUCACUGAUGCUAAUUCUUUGGAUAAUUUCUUCCUGCUUUACUAAUGACAUUUGAGUUUUUUUUUUGUAUUUUUUGUUUUUUUUAUUAUUAUUUUUGGAUAUUUGAGAUUAUGUUAGUGCUUGUUUUUGUUUAUAAGUACUAUCAGGUCUCAAAAUUAAACUCUUGUUUGUUGCAGUAAUUUUUCUUAACAAACAAAAAUCCUAUUUUGAGACAGAAAGAGUAAUUUGUAAGGUUUAGCUAGACUUACUACGGAGAGAGUAUGAAUUGCAAAACUUACUGUUGUUUUGUUGGCUGUCAAUCGGGAGAUGUAAGAGAUGGCUGUCUGCAAGGAUAGUUGAUUACUUGCGUGCAUGACAUUGAUCUUUGUAAUAUGAGAGAUCUGAUGCUGUGAGGGGUGAGUCUAAAAGCUAGUCAGUGGUAGGCAAAUUUGGAAUUAAGAUACUUACUUACCAAGUUAGCUUGUCAAUGGAAUCGAUUAAUGAAUGUUAGCUUCUCACUCCAGCCUCGUAUUUUUGAGGAUUUGACGCGUACGUGAUUUGUUUUAAAUAGUUGGAGUUGAAGCUGAGUGGCCAAGAGAAACACAAAGUUGAAAAUAAAUACGUACUACAUUUUGUGUGUGUGUGUGUGUGUGUGUUUUUUUUUUUUGGUUAAUACGUACCAUAUUGAGAUUUCUCAGCAUUAAUGUUGUUUCGUGUUCAAUAUUUCCAAAAAGUGAUCCGAUCUUAGAGACUGUAAUUGGCAGAAAUGAAAUCAGUGACAGCUUUUUUUACCUUGUCUAUAAGCAGUAAAAAAAAUUCACAACAUAAGAGGAUUUUCAAACAUGAACAUUAAGGACUUGAACUUGAAGUGCAUUCUUCUUUCUCAAUAUUUUCUGUUACUUUUAUUUCCUCACCCUGUUUUUUUUUUUUUUUUUUUGAGUAAUUUCCUCACCCUGUUUGUUGUAGAAG